CAGAGUCACUCAGCAGAGAUCACUUUGGAUAGAAGAACAGAUAAGGCAAAAGAGGAGAGGAGAGACUGACUGUCUCGAUCAUCAAAUCAGGAUGUUUGUUCUCAUCUGGGCGACUCUGCUGUUCCCUGUGAGAGGCGGCUGUGCUAACACAGGUGCAUCAGUUCGGAGAAGACAAGACUGUCUAAAUGGAUUCUGUAUCACUCUUAGUGAAGGAGAAAUUACAGCAGAGGCUGGACUCUGUGUUGUGAUACCGUGUUCUUUCACCACUGGUUAUGGCUUCACACCCCAACAUUUGGUUUGGUACAAAUGUGAACCAUCUAAACAAAGAUGUGUAGAUUCAGAUGUGAUAUUCCACACUAACAAGAACAACAAAAAGGUUCAGUCUGAGUUUAUAGGACGAGUGUCACUGUUGGAGCCUGACGUGAGUCAGAAGAACUGCAGCAUCAUCAUCACUGACCUCACUGAGUCAGACUCUGGAUCAUAUCAGCUCAGAGUUAAUGGUAUCAAGUAUGGGGGGGCAGAUGGAUUUACAUUCUCUCCAAGAACAACUGUCUCUGUUAAAGAUCUGAUCCAGAAGCCCACAGUGAUGAUUCCUCCUCUGACAGAGGGACAGCAGACCACACUGACCUGCACUGCUCCUGGUCUCUGCUCUGGAUCUGGUCCUGAAAUCACCUGGACGUGGAGAGGAACAGGAGAGAAUGACUCUGACAUCACAGGAAACAUCACUGCUUUCAACACUGAGAAUCCGACUGCUGUCACACAGAGACACAGCUCAACUUUGACCUUUAACUCUUCUGCUGAACACCACGGCACCAAUGUCACCUGUAAGGUGAGCUUUACAGGCGACAUGACUACAGAGGAGACAGUGAUUCUAAAUGUGACCUAUGUGAAGAAAGUUAAAAUCACUGGGAAUACAAGAAUGAAGGAGGGUGAGACUCUGAAUCUGACCUGCAGUGUUGAAAGUUUCCCUCCAUCUCUUAUCACAUGGACUAAAUUUUCUGAGAAAAACAUGCUAAAUGGAACAGAAAUUGAAAUGCAGAACAACACUGACACCUUCCUGCAGGAAGAAAGUGGAAUGGGCACCUUUUCCAUCUCUAAACUGACAGCAGAAGAUUCAGGACAGUACAUCUGCACAGCAAAACAUCUACACAACAUCCUGAUGGAAAAAGUUGAUGUAACAGUGAUGUAUAUUAAGAAGAAACCUGUCAUCACUGGGGAUACAACUGUUGAGGAGGGAGAUACUCUGAAUCUCACCUGCAGCGUUGAAAGUUUUCCUCCAUCUCGUAUCACAUGGACUAAACUUGGUUCCAAGACAAACCUGCACAAUGGACUUGAUACUGACCUGCAGAACGACACUGGAACAUCCUCACUUGUCCUCCCUAAUGUGACGGUAAAACAUUCUGGCCAGUACAUCUGUACAGCAGAACACCUGGACACAACUGUGACUAUACAUGCUGACGUAACUGUGACUUGGUUUUCAAAGAUCUUAAAAAACUCUGGAUGUGAGGUUCAGUCGGAGGUCCUGACUUGUGUGUGUAUGAGUGAGGGGUUUCCUUUACCCACCAUUAAAUGGCCGCUGUUGAAGAACCACGCUGAGUACUCUGUUAUUACCACUGUGUCAAACCACACAGUCAACAGCACCGUCACUCUAACUGUAAAAGACCACAGCAACACUAUUGUGUGUGUCAGCAGCAGCAAUGAAGUCGGGGAAGUGCAACAAAACAUCACCAUCAUAAGUUCAGAGAGGCAAGAAGCAGAUCAACGUGGACCGAGUACAGUGCUUCCCUGGGCCAUUGCUGUUGUAUCUUUCAUUGUGAAUGUCAUCUGCAUAAUCUGCGUGAUGUUCCUUUGGAACACAAGAAAAAAGGUGAAACCAAACCAAGAGGACAGAACUUACAUGUCACUGCAGAAAAGAGACCCAUUGCCAGAGUAUGAUGUUAUUGGCCAAUCUCUGAACUAAGUGUCAGCUUCCACUGACAGGAAGGAGAAGAUGGUACUUCCAAAGUCUGACUGAUCUGAUAAAUCAUAUUUUCAACAUGUGUAAGAUUUUAUGAAUAUGGCAUUUAAACAAUAUUAUAGUUUUUUGUUUACAUUUCAUGAACCUUAUUGACCCAGGGGAGGUCCACUGGCCAUGCGUUAUUUCGCAAUUUGUAUUCCCACUCCACACAUCUUCACACCUGAGUGAUUUCCAGUGUCAUCUCUUGUAGCUGGGAUUUAAAUACUUUGCAGAUUUCUCAACCAGUCUGGGGAUCUGAAACUGUAAUUUUCAAGUCAAACAACUUGAUAUUUUAAAUUGCAUUGUGACAAUGUGUGAGUUGUAUUUGUGCUUGUAAUGUGUCUGGAAUACAAACUGUAAAGUCUACCUAAAAGGAGGAAAUUAUAUUUGCAGGAUGGUAUAUGUAAUUGUUUUUGACAAUGAAGGCAAUUUUGAUUUGUAGAUUUGUUGUAGUUUCUUCAUUAGUUGUAGAUUUCCUUUGCCACGUAUCACAAACAAUUAGGAGUCAUUAUGGCUACACAGAACUACCAAUAUUUGGCCCCAAAAAUAUUGAACCUAGCCUGAUAAUCAGAUCAAAUGGCACAUUUGUUGCCACUCCAUUAUGAAGUAAGGAACCACACUUCUGUUGAAAUGAUGUAAUCUGUGGUGUGAAAUAAAGACUUGAAUUAUAUCAGU